AUGGAGGCUGUUGGCGCGGAUUCCUCCUCGCCGAGGGAGGAAUCUCGCCGCGUCUGGCCCUGUUCCUGCAGCUUCCUCGAUGGGCUGUGCCGGCGCUACGGAAUCAACGGGCGCAAACUCAAGUCGUAUUCCCUCUUCUCGCUCCUGCUCAAGUCGGAGACGCUCUACCUGCUCUACACAUGCUACGUAGGACUGCUGGCGGCGUCGCACCCGGACGCGGACCCAUCGCAUCCUGUCUUAUGCGGAACGUGGCUUCCGUUAUUGUGGCUCCUGAAGCCGCUUAUCGCGGCCAUAGCCGACUCUGUGGAUAGAAUAAUGCAGUAUACAUCUGGAAUCUACGGAUGGGUUCUCUCCUGCGGGGAUUCCAGUGCUACAAGAGGCGUUCGCAAGCGUGGAUUCAUGGACGCCUUGGUGGAGUUCCACCGCCGAUGCAAUCUGGUUCUAGUACUGUCACAGCUCGGUGUGGUGAUACUGAUGCCGACGAUCAUGGUCUACGCUUACCUGCACCCACUUGGAGAUGGAUGCGGCCCGUCGUUGGUUGCCGUGCUCUCCCUCUGCCAGAUCGCGACCGCAGCCGUCAGCGAGGGUGCGUUUUGCCGCUACGCGCAGUGCAAUACCGAGAUGAACGAGGUGCAAUUCGCCUCCCUCCGGCUGUUAUUCAUGACUGGGUACGGAGUAUGGAACAUGCUGGGCAUUGUCAUGCCAUAUCCGCGGACAUCGGAUUUCUGGGCGUCAUUCUUGGCACUUGUCAACGUGCUUCCGUGCUUCCUGGUCGGAAACGGUCUGUGCAUUCUUUGGGUCCUGUUAUGCGACCCGGGGGGAUACGAGGAGGCCGUCGACAUGUCUAGGAGGGCAGAAACCAAGUGGUCGCCAAAGGUUACUGUGGCAUUUUUCACCAUGAUGAUCAUGGCGUUGUCGGUACGCUACCCGUACGACUGCCUGAUAUUGCGGCCCACGGAGUACCCAUCGCUCACGUUGCUUACACUGCUGGUGCUCAGCGUCGUGGUGAAGGUACUGGUGAGCUGCCUGCUCUGGCGCUUCGUCACCCUUGAUCGGAUGAUCACUAUCGCAAAAUUCGCAUUCCUUUCGAGUAUGGUGCUGAUGUGUGGCGGGCACAGGAUCAUGCCAAUCCCGACGGGGCAGUCGAGCCCGUGGUACUCCAGCCUCGUGGCCACCUUUGUGACGGCGCUCCAGCAGGUGCUGUUCACAUUCGGCCUCGUGCUCAGCAUCCGCACCGCCCCUCGCGGCAUGGAGGCGACCAUCAUGUCGAUCACCGACCUCUGCGUGGACAUCGUUGCGUUCAUGUUCAAGAGCCGACUAUCGUUGCGUCCCUUGGCGUUGAAGGUGUUGCAACACGAGACGGCUGUCGACGUCGCGGUAGUCUUCUUCUGUCUAUACAACUUCUUCGUUCUGUUCGGGAAGCCGCAAGUGGCCUCUCUGAUGCGGCGAUACAACUUUGAGGGCCUGGAGUCGGCACGCGACGAACUUCCGCUGCCGCUUCCAGUCACUGGCUUCCCGGGCGCGAACGAAGCGCUCACCAGCCAAUCGCACAUCGACAUCGAGUCGAGCAUCGUCGCCGCCCACGAGGCUCUGAAGGGCGCAGACGUCGACAAAUCGCCCUGGGCGGACGAGAGCGAGUUGUCGGAUGUGUAG